AACAGAUCACAAGACAUGCGGGCUUUGGCAGUUCGGGGAUUAUUACUUUUUGUGAAUAUCUGUCGAAGUGCCGCUUUUUCUAGCGUAUCAAGCCAGAAAAGAAGUAAAAUGUCAGGUGUAGCUGCCGCUGGCGUCAAAAUAUCUCGCGACGGCGACAGUAGUGCUUUCUCGUAUAUUGAUGUCAUUUUAUGUCGACACGGGGAAACUUGCCAUAAUGCUGAAGGGCGUUGUCAGGGAAUGGAGGAUGUGUCACGCCUGACAUCGAAAGGCGAGUCUCAAGCUCUUGAACUGGGAAGGGCAUUGGCUGCACGUAAACAGCGCUUCGACAGAAUUUUUAUCUCACCAUUGGCACGUGCUCGACAUACCUUCGAUCUAAUGGAAAAGGAGUGGCGCAGGUUGGGUUGGACGGAUUACCCCAAGUGCGCUCCCACAUUCGUGCCCGAGAUCCAGGAAAUUUGUCUAUACGAUUGGCAAGGGCACCUACGUCAGGACCUUCAGGCACAAUUCCCAGAAGAAUUUCACAACUGGAUGAAUGAACCUGCGAUUUUUCGUGUGGGAGACCACUUUCCCGUCCGCGAAUUAUGGAUGCGAGCGCGACGGAGUUGGGAGCAAAUCUUGACGCAGUCGCAACCAGGAGAGAGGGUU